AGAGAUUGGCUGCGCAGCCCCUGACACUAACCCCUUCUCUCACACUUUGGGAAACUUUUUUUUUAAAGAGUUUUCAAUCUCAUUUACGGCGCAAAAGUAUCUCUCUCACACACCACAAGUACCCAGUAGCAGCCGGGACAUCUUCCCUCUUGCUCCCCUCCUGCGCCGGGACAGCCUUCUCUGGGAUACUCUGCCGUCCGGACCUACAUGGCUCUUGCUUGUUUUUUUUUGCCUCUGCUCCCUUUUUUUUUUUGGACUUGUGAUACUUGAGCAUAUAUCGGUUAGGAGAAGGAGUAGGAGUUUCUUUCACUUUAAUCUCGACAGCGGCACUGGAGGUCGAUGCGAGGCUAAUGAACACGCUCAGGGGAACCAAACUUUUUCACUCGCGAUAAGUGUCUCCGGGACGAGUUCUGGAGACACGGUGUAGUUCCGCUCAAACGCGCGCUUUGAAACAAAUUAACAAAUAACCUUAAGUCGCUUCGCUAGCUUGUUUCCGUUUUUCUUUUUAUUGCGUCUAUAAAGUGUGGAUAUGGCUUGGAUCCGCUGGGACCUUGUGUUUUCUAUAGGUUUAUUCAUUUCCCCGGCAUGUGUGUCUAUGGACCAGCCUCGCAACGGCUUCAGGAAACUUUACGUGGUACCGGGCGGUACUGGUGCUGGGGACGCCGUUCAUCUGCGCUCCGGGGCUGCGGGACAGGGGCACGCGCAGCCGGUCCCCCAUCGGCCCUUUAACGUGGAGCUCUCCGCCAGCUACGGCGGGCAAGUCCGGACCCGCAGGAUGGGGAACCAGAAUCACCCAGUCCCGAUACCGAUCCAGCAGCAGCAGCAGCAGCAGGACGCCCGGUACACGCAGCAUCAACAGGUCAUCCGGCACAGCAGCAGCAGCAGCAGCAGCAGCUCACGCAGCAGCGUUCAACAGAACCACCACAUGAAGAUGUCCGGGGUGAACCAGUGUGGAACUCAGUGCUGUCAUGGCUGGAGCAAGACUCAGGGCUCCCAGAGAUGUACCAAACCCAACUGCAUCCCACAGUGCCAGAAUGGAGGAAUGUGCCUGAGGCCCCAGCUUUGUAUCUGCAAGCCAGGAUCCAAGGGUAAGGCCUGUGAACAGAAGACCCCAUCCACCUCCACCUUCCCUGGCCAGCCUGGGAAUGGACACAAUGGUGGACAUACCAACGGACACACGGGCGGACACACCGGUGGACACAACGUGGUGCCUCAGCGGCCCAUACCCCAGCAGGCGUCCCCGCAAGCCUAUGGCCACGCCCCCCCGCCGCUUAGCAACGUGGCCCAGAUGAGGUUGACCCAAAUGGUGCGACCGCAGUACAUGCAGCAACAGAUCCGGCCCAUUCCCCUGCAUCCGCUCCACAACCAGCAGUACGGGAUGAAGCCCAAGUACUACCAUGUGCACAGCCCCCACACCCAGAGCCACGGCCAGCCCCAGCCCGACCACGCCAUCCCCCUGUUGGCAGGCCACAACGGCCUCCUCGUGAGCAACCACACGGGGCGCAUCAAGGUGGUGUUCACGCCCACUAUCUGCAAGGUGACCUGCAUGGGCGGCCGCUGUCACAACAACUGCGAGAUGGGGAACACCACCACCAUCAUCAGCGAGAACGGACACGCUACCGACACGCUGACUGCACCCAACUUCAGAGUAGUGGUGUGCCACCUCCCCUGUAUAAACGGAGGUAAGUGCAGUGCCAGGAAUAAGUGCCAGUGCCCGCCCAACUUCACCGGAAAGUUCUGCCAGGUGGCGGUUCAGGGCGGACAGCACCAGCAGAGCGGCGGCUAUGGCCAGACCCACGUGCACGCCACGCACACGCUCCCCCUGACCUACAGCAACGGGCAGAACUCCGUGAAGUUCGGCCAGGGCAUCGUCAACAUCCACGUGAAGCACCCUCCCGAGGCCUCGGUCCAGAUCCACCAGGUGUCCCAGCUGGACACCCUGGACCAGGCCUCCCCCCAGGCCGGCUCCUCCUCCAGCUUCACCUACCACCACGUGGAGAGCAGCCAGAAGGUCCGGCACCACGGACACAGCGUGGCCUACCCGUCCCGGCAUGGCUACCAGGUGCCGCAAGGCUACCAACCCGUCACCUCCAAGAGCCAGCUGGGACGCUGCUUCCAGGAGACCCAGGCCAGCCAGUGUGGGAAGGCUCUGCCAGGCCUCAGUAAGCAGGACGAGUGCUGUGGCUCUGUGGGGACGUCCUGGGGCUUCAACAAGUGCCAGCAGUGUCCCAAUAAACCAUCCAUUCCUCCAAUGGACUGUCCUACUGGAUACAAGCGCAUCAACAACUCUCACUGCCAAGACGUGAACGAGUGUCAGCUCCAGGGGGCGUGUCCUAACGGGGAGUGUCUGAACACGGUGGGCAGCUACCGGUGUCGCUGUACAGCGGGCUUCAUCCCCGACCUCUCACUCGCCACCUGCAUACCCUACACAGCCGUCCAGGAGGAGAAAGGGGCAUGCUACCGCUUGGUCACCAUUGGGAAGCAGUGUUUGCACCCGGUCUCGGCCCAGCUGAGCAAACAGCUGUGCUGCUGCAGCGUGGGAAAGGCCUGGGGUCCGCGCUGUGACCCCUGCCCCCUCCCCGGAACAGCCAAGUUCAAAGACAUAUGUCCCGGUGGGAUGGGCUACACUGUACUGCCCAAGCCGCCCGUCAACAAACCCAUCAUCACCUACCAGGAACCUGUGGUCACGCCCCGGCCACGCCCACUGCCCACGCCCGAGAAACCAGUGGAAGCCUUCGGGGAACCAGACAAGCCAAUACCAGUAGCUACACCUACAGAUGAUCAGAAGCUGCUAACCGGGGUUAGUGAUAGGACAUUAGUUGACCCCAUCCAACCUCAGCUCUCGCCUGGCGUGUUCACUGUCAAGAUGGAGACUGCCUACCCAGAGGUGUAUGAGAGGAGUUCUCCCCCUGCCCCGGUGGAGCUGCUGCCCUCCAACGCAGGACAGGACAUCGCUCCUACGCAGUCAGCAGAGGUGAACGAGUGCAUGGUGAGCCCUCGUAUCUGCGGCAAGGGCAUCUGCUACAACCUGGUGGAAGGCUACACCUGCCACUGCGACGAGGGCCACCGCCUGGAGACCACCCGCACCACCUGCGUAGAUAUAGAUGAGUGCGUGGAGAAUCCCUCUCUGUGCUCCAGGGGGCGCUGCAGGAACACACCUGGCAGCUUCCUGUGUGUCUGCCAAUCAGGUUUCACCACCGACGAGGAGGGCACUGCCUGCAUCGACUUGGACGAGUGCCAGACGCCCAGCCUGUGUCCGGACGGGGAGACCUGCUUCAACACCCAAGGGUCCUUCUUCUGCCGGGGCUGUGAGCGAGGGUUCAGACUCACCUCCACUGGAGCCUGUACAGAUAUUGACGAGUGUGUGAACCGGACAAUCUGUCCGUCGGGGAUCUGCUUCAACAUGCCGGGAUCCUACAGGUGUGGCACCUGCCAGCCAGGCCUCCACGGCCGGGGGGGGCAGUGCGAGGAUAUCAACGAGUGUCUGGACCACCGGACCUGCUUCAACGGUGUCUGUACCAACUCUGAGGGUUCCUUCUCCUGCUCCUGCUUCGAGGGCUUCCAGAGCCUCCAGGGGAAAUCCUGCCAAGAUGUGGAUGAGUGCCAGGACGAGAGGGUGUGCACCAGGGGUCAUUGCCGGAACACCCAGGGCUCCUUCAUCUGUAGCUGUGACCCCGGCUUCACAACCUCACCCACCGGGGACAACUGUGAUGAUGUGGAUGAGUGUGUGGAGCAGGAGGGAGUGUGUGAGGGCGUGGGCAGGUGUGUGAACGACGUGGGCUCCUACCACUGCUCCUGUCCCUUGGGAUACCAGCAGAUGAACUCCACCAGCUGUCUGGAUGUGAACGAGUGUGUGGACGAGCCAGACCUGUGCGCCCCCAACGGUGUGUGUGCGAACACGGAGGGAUCGUACCAGUGUGUGUGUGACAUUGGCUUCGAGCUGAACCCCAACACAGACACAUGCGAUGACGUGGAUGAGUGUGCUGCUCUCGAGUCCCCCUGCGGCCCCCACGGCUUCUGUGAGAACAUGGAGGGCCGCUACAGGUGUGCCUGUGACCAGGGCUACACGGAGGUCCAGGACGGCCGCUACUGUGAAGAUGUGAACGAGUGUGAGCUGCUCAGCGCUGUGUGCGGAGAGGCGCUCUGCGAGAACGUCGAGGGAACCUUCCUCUGCACGUGUCCCGACGGACACGAUUACAACACCAUGAACGCCACGUGCAGCCCACUGGCCACAGAGCCCGCGGUGGAGCGUAAGGAGUGCUACUACCGCCUGAACGACGAGAACCUGUGCGAGAGCGUGCUGACCAGUCACGUGACCCUCGAGGAGUGCUGCUGCACGCUGGGGGCCGGCUGGGGGGACAACUGUGAGGUCCACCCCUGUCCCGUCAACGGGACCGACCAGUUUAACCACCUGUGCCCGUCGGGGCGAGGGGUCAUUCCCCAUGGGGAGCUGGUGUUCGGAGAGCCCACAGCAGACAGCUAUAGAGACGCUGACGAGUGUGCGCUGUUCGGCCCGGAGGUGUGUAAGGGGGGCUUCUGCCUGGACACAGUGGGCAGCUACGAGUGUUACUGCAAGACGGGACAGGACUACGACCUGGCCAAGCUGGAGUGCAGAGACAUCAAUGAGUGUGAGGAUGACUCGGUGUGUGUGGACGGGGAGUGUCUGAACACAGAUGGUUCCUACAUGUGUUUCUGCACACACCCCAUGGUGCUGGACCCCCAUGGCAACCACUGUGUCUUCCCCCCGGACGUGGCUGAGCACCGUGAUGCUAAGCAGAUCGACUACCAGGGCAUCUGCUGGCAGGAAGUGACAUCAUCCAUGACUUGCACGCGGCCCCUGAGCUCCACAGGCCCCUCCCCCACCAGGAGGACCACCUACACGGAGUGCUGCUGCCUGUACGGCGACGCCUGGGGCAUGGACUGUGCCCUCUGCCCCCCCAAGAACACAGAGGACUACGCCUCCAUGUGUAACCUCCCCCUCAGCGGGGGGCGCCGGCCGUACGGGCGCGACGCCCUGGUGUCGGGGCCCGUGCACUCCUACGAGCCCCGGCCGGAGGAGGAGGAGGCGCCGCGGGAGGACUACCCCUCCUCGCGGCUCUACUACGCUCCCCAGCCCGACCAGGACCAGGCCCUGCUGCCCAUGUACCACAGCGAGGAUGAGGAGGACCCCUACGAUGCGUUUGAGGGCCUUCGUGCGGAGGAGUGUGGGAUCCUGAACGGCUGUGAGAACGGCCGCUGCGUGCGCGUGCAGGAGGGCUACACCUGCGACUGCUUCGACGGCUACACCCUGGACAUGUCACGCAUGGCCUGCAUUGAUGUGAACGAGUGCUCGGAGCUCAACCGCCGCAUGUCUCUGUGCAAAAACGCCAAGUGUAUCAACACCCCGGGGUCCUACAGAUGUGUGUGUCUGCCGGGCUUCUCGCCCUCCAAGCGGCCGAACUACUGUGUGGCACGAGGUGCCAAAGACCCCGCGGUCGCCAUGGCAACGGUCACAUCAACGGCCACGCCAACGGCCGCGUUAAGCAGAGACCGGCAAUGAGCGUAAAUGGACACAAGGGGGCGACUAAUACAAAGCAAAAAAACAAUAAACAGUACCGCCGGCAAACACACGUAUACACACACACACACACACACACACACACACACACACACACACACACACACACACACACACACACACACACACACACACACACACACACACACACACACACACACACACACACAGAAGCAA